AUGGUCCUGCUUUCUGAGUACUGCUGGGUUUCUUACAUCUCCGUGCACAUCUUCAACCUCCUCCUCUGUGCUCCCUUCAUGCGCUUUUCCAUCACAAUCCUCUUCACUCAUUUCAAGCCUGGCUCCCAUCAGCACCAACCCAAGAGACUCGACAUUGUUAUCUGCCUCAUUGUGCUCUUCACUCUGCCCCUCAGUCUCUGCAAUCUCCUGCAGGAACUUGGCUACACCACUGUGCCCUCCCAGGUUCUUUUCCUGCUUACCUGCACCCACAGCAGCAUCAACCCCUUCAUCUACUUCUUGCUGGGGCCACAUCCCACUGCCUGCCCAGCGUCCAUCCAUGGAGGUGGCAUCGUGCUGCUCAUCUGCCUCUGUGGGCUGGCUGGCAACGGGGCUCUCCUCUGCCUCCUCAGCUUCUGCAGGAACCCCAUCACAGUCUAUAUCUUCCAUUUGGCUGUCGCUGACUUCAUCUUCCUGCUCUUUGUGGCCACCUCCCUCCUGCUCCACCUGCUGGAGGAAGUUUCCUGCUCCACUAUUAUGCUCCGGGAGUUCCUGAGGUUGUUUUUCCAGCUCUCGCUGUUCUGUUACACCACGGGGCUCUACCUGCUGACAGCCAUCAGCAUUGAGAGGUGCACAUCCGUCCUCUGCCCACUCUGGUACCGCUGCCACCGUCCCCAGCACCUCUCAGGCUUCAUGAGUGUCCUUCUCUGGGCCCUCCCCUUUGUUACAGUGGUUAUCCUGUGCCUGUCACUAAAGCCCCAGCACUGCCAGGUGUCUCUCAUCUCCAUGAAUGCCCUCAACCUCCUGUUCUUUGCUCCAGCCAUGGUCAUUUCCAGCACAAUUCUCUUUAAGGUCAAGUGUGGCUCCCAGCAGCACCAACCCAAGAGACUCGACAUCGUUAUCCUCCUCACUGUGCUCCUUGUCCUCCCCUUCACUCUCCCACUCAGCCUCUGGACUUUACUGCAGCAGUUCGGCUCCACCAUUGUGUCACCCCAAGUGGUUUUCUCACUCACCUGCAUCCACAGCACCAUCAACCCCUUCAUCUACUUCUCGGUGGGGAGCUGCAGGAGGCCCUGCUCCACGGAGUGUUGCAGGAGGCCCUGCUCCAUGGAGUCCCUAAGGAAGGCCCUCCUGAGAGUCUUUGGGGACACAGAAGAAAACACUGCCUGCAGCAAUGAUCCCAUCAUGGACGUUGUGCUCUCAGCCUGUUGAUUCCUGCCACUGCACUGCUGAAUAACCCCGGGACGGCAGCCGAGGGACUCCUCGAGUGACCUGAUCAAUAAAUAUCCACAGUAUCACACUCCCUCUGCUGGUGCAUCCUCACCCUCCUUCCAGUCCACACUAAGAUCUCAGAAAUGCUCCUGGCCAAUGAAUUCCGUUGUGCUGAUGCUUAAUAUUAAAUGUGGCUUUUACUGA